AUGAACCGGAUGGGAAAUAAUUUAGAGCAAGAAGACAAAAUCACCGAUAAACAGGAUUCAAUUAAAUUAAAUCAAACAAAAACGAUAGAAAACGCAUGCGAUGAAAUUUUACUUAAGCCACUGGACACUAGUAUUAAAAAACAGCCUGAUGAAAAUUAUCCCCAGCUGACCAUGGAAAUGUUCUUCGAAUUUAUGCGGACAGCUUAUCAAGUCAAUGAUAGCUUUGAUGGUCUCUCAAGUGUAUUAGCAGCACACAGUGAAAUAGAUUGGUCGGAAUUAGCUAAAAUUGAUUUAAAUUUACAGUCGGGGAAUAGUAAAAGUAUUGGUACAGAUCAAGUUGGAACGGGUAUUGAAGAUAAAUCAACAAGACGGUCAUCGGGUUCGCAAGAAGAACAUGAUGAUAAAAAAAAUGAUGGCGCAAAUUCAAAUAAAAAUUCAGAUCUGCAGUCGCCGAGUAAAAAAUCAAAAACUCCAAAAAGUGCGGGAGAGUCUUUGGAAGUUAGAGAACAUCUUCUAUCAAAAAUGAUGAAAAAAAAUCUUAGCGACGUCUUACAUGAGGGAUUGCUCGACUCUGUCUUGCCGUACAUGCUGCCUAAGCCAACCCUGUCACAGCCGAUAAUCAAAAAACAUUCAGUGGAUAUAAAAAAAUCUUCUUCUUUGAAUAACAAUGUUGAUAAAUCUAGUGGAUUAUCGUCAGCGAAUCGGGAUAAAGAUAAAGAUAGAAGCAAAAUUCACAGAAAAUCUCUUGAAACAGAAGUAGAAAUUCACGUUUGCGAUGAAUCGAAAAAUAUAAAAAAAGAUUUUCGGUGCCCGCAAAAAUUAUUGAUACAAAAAAUGUGUUACUUUGCUGACGUUACCGCUGGACAAAAGCUGGAAGAAAUGGACAUAUCUGUACACUGUGACAUUGUCAUCUUUGAUUGGCUGAUGAGGUGGGUCAAGAAGGACAUAAUUAAGAAAUCAGAGUGGCCUGUUUUAGAAGCAAAUAAUGUAAUUCCAAUAACAGUCUCAGCUUCCUUUCUACAAAUGGAGCCUCUACUUGAGCAAUGCCUUGUUUUUUGUCAUGAAAAUAUGUCUGAAGUAUUGAAGACGUCAACUAUUUUAACUUGUCUAAAUGACAAUAUUUUUACUAGAUUAGCUGAUUUAUUUACGAACGUUGAUGUUGAAACUUUGAAAGACAAAAAAGAUAAAGUACAGAGUCGUUUAUUUUGUAAAUUAAUUAUGUCAUUAGCAGAUCCAACUCCAGAUAAUAGACGAGGACAUUACAGUUCAUUAGCGACAUUAUUUAAAUGUAAUAAGUGUGGAAAAAAUGUGAUACGAUCUGUGUCUGAUACCGUUCCAUGUGUCCCGAGUGCUAUGAAAAUAGAUACUAGAGGGAAUAUUUAUAGUAAACAUUCUAGAGAUCUCACGUGGUCAUUAAAUGACUAUAUAGUAAAUUUACGAUCAGAAUUACGUUCAUGGCGAAAAGUUUAUUGGCGUCUUUGGGGAGAUUGUCAUUUCCUUUACUGUCGUCAGUGCAACACCCACUUUCCGAUAAAUCAGAUGGACUGGUGCUCACAUCACCCCGAGAUACCGCAAUUUUUUGCUAAUGAACAGCAGAGAUCAGCGCCGUAUCCUCUGGGACGUUAUCCAUGUUGCAGUCAGCGGGCGUAUCGAUUCGAAGCACUUCCUAAUAGGGAAGGAUGCCGGUUUAAAGAACACAUACCGACGGUUUCCGUAGACAACGACGGGCAUGUUUUGAAUAUUUUUACUCUCUACCGUGACAUCCUGACGCUGGAUCCACCGCAAUUGUUUUUUCCGGAAAAAAUUACGCGUCUAGUUACACGGGACUCAGCAUCGCAGUCGGGGAAAUUGAUGUGCAAGGAACCGAUGCCGUGGGAUGGAAUUGAACUGGCGCCGUCACGGCCUAAACUUGGGUUGCUUGCUAAAGUUUGGGGAGGAUCUGGUGUUCGCAGACCUUGUCAAACUAAUGCUGCUGCUGCUACUACUGGUGGUACAGUUGUAGAUGGACAAAAUAAGUCACGAAAGUUGAUACCGCAGAACUCGCAAGUUGUUGAUACUCCGUCUCCUAAUACUUCAACGAGUGACAGCGAUGAUGAUGAUGGCAUUACUGCUUGUGGUGACACUAGUAUUGAUGAUGAUUCAGAUAAUAAUAGUGAAGAGUCUCAUGGCUGGCCGUUAUAUAAACCCACUGGUAAAAUAAAACGACGUCAUCCUUCGAAACGACAAGAAGGUGGCAGAUGUUGGAACAUGAAUUUACUGGUAAAAUAUAACCAAGACAACCAACGCGAUUUCGAGGAACGAGCGGCCUGUCAAAUGAUCGGUUUCUUGACCAAAAGAACUUCCGCUGAAUGUUUAAUUACCAAAAUGCACAAAAAUUCUCACACUUCCAACACUCAGUCCAUCGGGGGAAGUUACGUAAAAUUGGAAGCAGAGUUCAGAGAACAGACCGCGCAUUCAGCGAAGGUAAAAAAUAACAGUCAUGGGAAAGGACUCAGCCGUUCUCGGACUUUAAAGCCUUAGUGAAUUUUUUUAA